GGUUUGAAAUUUUAAAGCUUGUUUUAUGAAUCUGUGAAUCUUACGUAUCCUGCAAAUCAGUUUUUAGUUCUGUAGUAGUAACUAUUUUUUUACCUAGUUUAGGAUCGAUCAUGGAUUCCAUGGAUUCAGAGACACAACCACCUGAUGAUUCACCAGCUUUGGAAGAUUACAACAUGCCUCCUCCACUUGCUCCAGAAUGUAAAAGCUUCAAAUGUAAAACACAAGUCAUAGAUAAUGAUGGAAACAUAGAAGGUAAAAUGGUGACAUGUAAAGAUGUCUGGAAAUUUCAAAACAGCAAAGUGAUUGUGCAUUUCGACGGAGAAAGCGGUCAGCCAAUUGGAGAUUCUGGUGGUUUACUUGGAUCAUGGAUAGGUCAAUUAAGCCAUGAUAUAAAUUUGCUACCCAUCAACUACAGCGAUUGGAGGUUGGUUAAUCCUCACACUAAAAGCAAGGCAUGGGAUGUAAUUCAGUCAAAAUUCUGGUUUGAUGAUCCGACACUGAGAAAAGGAUAUGUGAUGAGUGCACUAGGUAGCAGAUGCAAGGAUGUCAAGCUACGUCUUUGGAAUGAAUACAAACGAAAUAGUCUAAGUGAAACGUUGGAGAAUCGACCUACUAGUGUUCCUGAAGAUCAAUGGGUUCAUUUAGUUCACAUGAGGUUUGCUGAAAAAUGGAAGAAAAACAAGACCGGAAAAAAUCCAUGCCGAGCAGAACUUUUCAUUGAGACUCGCAUGAAAUCUGAUGGAACCUUUGUAUGUGAGGAGGCUAAAACACGCGCGGAAGCACUUAGAACUUUGAUGAGUCAAAAUCCACACAGCACAAACAAUGUUACAACUAGCUUGGAUGAUGAAUUUGCUCAAGUGUUUGGUCCAGAGCGUCCAGGACGAGUACGUUGUGUUGGUCGUGGACCCACACCUUCAAAACUAGUGAAACGCUCAACUACAUCUAUAGCAGAGAUAGAAAAUUCUGAAAUGGUCGUUGAGCUGAAAACACAAGUGAAGCAAUUAUCAGAUCAAGUUAACGGAUUGACUACCUUCGUCCAAAAAAUAAUUGGUACUUCAACCGCUGAUCAGGCAAGAGCAUGGGCUACAAAUUUUGCUGCGGCUUUUACAAACAUACCAAAUCCAACGUUUGCAAACACCCUUAAUCCGACUAAUGCUAAUCAGGCAAUAAAUGAUGAUGCCAAUGCUAACUCAAACGCUGGAAACAGUUCUGGUGAUCAUGAUCAACAUUAGUUUACCAAUAUUUCUUAGCAACUAUGCUUUAUUUAUGUUUUAUGAAUUUGCACUACGGAUGUAAUUUGUUUUCUAAUUUAUGUAUUGGAUAUGGUUUCUCUUAUUUAAUUAGUUUUGUUUUUGUUUCUAAAAAAAUCAACCGAAUAUCUCUUUAUUAAAUUGAAAUUCAAUUA